CUCAAGCCCAUUCAUCCAACGGCCGGUCCGUUUACUUGUUCCAACACACAUCGUUCAAAAUGCAUCUUUUCUCUUUCAAAAAUUCUGCCUUGCCCGUCGUCGCUCUUCAAGUUCUCGUUCUUCUAUCAUCCGACCAAGCUUUCGGGGCCGUCAUCUCAAUCGAGAGACGAAUGAAAAAUGCAGGGUCGUGGACAGCUAAAGACCUCAAGACUUCAGCCUACAGGAACGAAGCUAUGAAAUACAACAAGGGUUCUUACCUGCCCACUGCCAACAACAAUAAGGUGGCCUGGAUAAAGGGCGCCAUUGGAGAUGCCGAACAUAUCAUCGAGCCUGGAGCGCAUAUCAAACCUGUGCUCAAUGAGUUGGGUAUCAAGAAAGAUACGCCUUUCCACAAGGAAAUCAAGCAAGUCCUGAAUCACAAAGACAACCUAUCAAUGCUUCACCCAGGUACCAACAAAGCAAAGGCGCAGCUUGCCACUGAUCCCAAGCGAAAUCCAAAACUAAAGGCCACCGCAAAGCAUUAUCUCCAACAGCCACCCAUCAGGCAAAAGGCAAGCACAACGAUGGCUAAAUUAGGAAGGGCAGCGGAGAAGCACAAGAUCAAGAAUUUCGAAGCCAAGGUGAAGGCCAAAGUCAAGGGAAUAUUACCCCACAUCAAACGGAGCGAGCUAGCGGAAUAUCACCUAGACUGAGCAAAUUAAACACAGACAUGUAACGGUGAAUGCAAGGACUUGAGCAAUC